AUGUCGGGUAGUCAGGGUGUGGCAGGCGGCGCUUUUUCUCUUAUGGAUGUGUGGAAGAUGGGCUGCUGCAAUACAAAGAAUGUCCACAGACUCUCGAAGGAUCCAUGGUGCAUAAAGUGCACAAAGCAUAACCCGGAGCGAGUACUGAGGACCGUACGCGAACAGCGUCCAUUCUUUUCUGAUAAAGAUCAGAUGGUCAUUACCAGAAGUUGGAAAUGUUUCUAUGAAAAGGUUUGCAGCUUUGGGGUCUACGAGUUUUUGAACUUGCUCACUGAUUUGCCAGAGUACGAAGAGGCGAUGAGGCUGAUAAAGCUGACCUCGAGUUACAAGUUCCUGUCUGCGAUGGACUUCAACGCGCACUUCCUCUCCAUGCUGACCAUCAUUGAGAAAUGCAUGGCACGGCUGGAAGUAGAUGACCUACCACUCCUGGAGGACAUCCUGCACAAGGUCGGCACAGAUCACAUCGGGCGCGGCGUCAACCCUGAAAACUUUGACCUCGUCAUCCCCCCUAUGGUUGCUGGUAUGAAGCAAAUGUUGGAGGACAAGUGGACGGAAAAGGAAGACAUAGCUUGGACAAAUUUCUUCACCCUGAUGAUACACAUCAUGCAGGAACCAGCAUGGUCGACCUCGUCGAUAACGUGA